UUCGUACCGGCUGUGUGACUUUAUGUAAUCUUAUCUGAGUUGUUCAAUAUCUACGCACACCUACUGGUAUUCGGAUAAACAUUUGUAGAGAUGCUGAUGUGGUAUUGAAAAGAGGGUUAGUUUCACUUGACUAGACAUUGUGAAAAUAUUAAGGAGGGGUUUUGUGUUAGUGGAAGACUUUAUUGGUACAUUAUUGAUCAAGUCAGCAAUAGCUCUGGGUUUAUAUUUAAAAGGAAGAUGGGGAGAGAAAUGCAGGACUCACGUGACAAAUGGAGGUAUGCCAUUCUCCUCAGUCAGUUUACAUUUAGCUGUAUCGAUGUCUCAAUCUCCAAAUCAUUCGGAGUUCUGAUUCCUGUCAUGGUAGUGGUUCUUCAAACCGAUGUACAAGCGUUGGGUUUCGUGUGCAGUCUCCCGUCAUCUCUCAUAUAUCUGGCAAGUCCCAUCGUUGCCUAUACCUUGGAUAAGGGUUGGAUGUCACCACGGAUGUGCGCUCUGCUCGGUGCAAUCUUCUCAUCUGCUUGUCUUGUGACCGGUGGGAUGAUCUCAUCCAUUCCAGCACUUUCCUUGAGUCUUGCAAUCACAGGCACUGGGUUGUCUAUGGGUUACCUGUCGUCGAAAAUAAUGCUGAACGAAUAUUUCAUAGAGAGUUACGUUCUGGCUGCUGGAAUCGCCAACAUGGGGAACACCGCUGGCGCCCUUAUCGCACCUUACAUUGUGGAGAGAGCUCUUAGCGCAUAUGGCUACGUCGGAGCUAUGGUCAUUCUAGGCGGUCUUAGUUUGCACGCCAUUCCAGCGAGCGUUGCCUUGAGAAAUCGCACAGAUGGUAUAGAAGAGAAUAGAAAUAAGGAGGUAGGGAAGAUGCCUACAGUGAUUCCGGAAGAAAAAAUGCCAUCUCUAAGUUCUUCCUUGAAGUCAAGAAAGCGGACGCACUCUUAUCGUAGACUCAUCGAAGAUGGAGACGACCGACAUCUAAUUCCUGAAGCGGACCUUGAAAAUAGUCACGAUACAACCAGAGACAAAUUCAGAUCAUGGCUUCAGAGUUGCAUUUGUAUAAAAGAACCUCUCAUGUGCGUUUCUUCUCCUUCUAUUUUCUUGACCAUGUAUGGACUGACUACUUGGAUUCUCUUCUUGGUGCCGAGGGCUGAAUGGCACGGUAUCCCAGGCUCAAAGGCGGUGAUAUUAUCAACUCUUGCCGGUGCAGGGGGUAUCGUGGGACGGUUGGUUUACAUCGCGUUGAUCUACGCAGGUUGUAACGCCAUAGUCAUAUCGCUCGCCUUCAACCUCAUCACAGCAAUUACAUUUCUGCUUGAUCCACUUAUUAAUACCUUUCCCGAGAUGGGCGCUGUGGCAUUUGCUCAAGGUUGGUGUAUCUUUACCUGUCUCAUUUCGACGUCUGCCUAUCCGAAGUAUGCUGUCGCUCCCGAAAACUUUACUUUCGCUGUUGGUCUUCAGGGUCUGUUGGCUGGAAUGGGAGGAAUGAUUGGCGGUUUCAUGUCUGGGUUCAUAAAAGAUGCCAGUCGGUCCUUCACUACCGUGUUUCUAGUUCUGGGAGGUGUAUUCGUCCUAAACACGAUAACUACAUCGAUGUUUUAUGCCGCCUAUCGCAGGAGAAUGACCGCGAACUCGUCGGAUGGAGAUUGAAAUUGAUAGCAACCGCACACGUUGUACAUCUUGAUUUGGGAAAUCAUGUGUUUUAUUUUUUCUGUUUUCAACUUGAGAUGAACAUUAAACUGAUAAUGAAUUAUCAUUGAUAAUAGCCUCCAGUUCGGGGAAAGGCAAUUUAGUAUACCAUAGGCGGGGGGAACGCGUCCACCUCUAAAUUUGAGAAUUUGAGGAGGGGGGACGCCCCCCCCCCUGAAUUUGUUGUUGAUGACCUUUUUUUUUUUUGCUUGUCAAUUUAU